GCAUCAGAUUAACAGCCUUUCUCUCUCUCUCUCCGUCCCAGCAUCACCUCUUCUCUCUCUCAGCCUGACAAUCAUCAGUAUCACCAUCUUAACCACCGCCAGCUGUAGCUAAACCACUGCGCCAUGGCAACCCUGGAUGGUUUUCCCGCCAGUUUCUAUGGGGAGCCGGGGGUGUUGGGUAUGUUGGCCAAUGGGAUCAGUGCGUUCCUGGUUCUACUGCAGAACUUCAACACAGCUAGAACCGGAGUAUCUGCCGAGGGGGUGGAGAACAUUCUGGCAGGUGUUCAUCUCAUCCUGAUAGGUGGAGUGUGUCAGCUGAUUGCCGGCCUCCUGUCGUUCCGUAAAUACGACCACCUGAGUGGCACCGCCUUCAUUGGCUAUGCAGCUCUCUGGGGCAGCUAUGGUGCCACACGCAUCUUCCUGGGUGCAUCCCAACCAAUCACAACUAACCUGACCAUGUCACAUGACCUGAUGAGUAACACGACCCCGCUCACUACCCUCACGACCAACCUAUCAGUGUCGGCUGAACUCUGGAACAGCACCUCGCAGAGUCCUGAUUGGCUGUCUCUCCUGCUCAUCCCCCAGUCUGCCAUCGCGGGAUUGGUCCCCUACAUCCUUCUAUCCUUCCUAUUGGCCUUCUGCUCUGCCACGGUAAACGUCAUCAUGCCCUUUGUGUUUGGUGCCAUCACGCUGACCCUGCUGUUUGAGGCUGUGGCGGUGGGCGUGUCCUCGGCCUGGCCACUGGUCGUCUCUGGCAUUCUAGAACUCCUCAUCCUCCUUUUCGCCGUGUACGGCAGCGCCGCCCUGUUGGUGAAAGGUCUGGCGCAGCGCUAUGUCCUCAAGGGGUUCGGCACGCCCCUGUUCAACGUGCUCCUGCUGGGGACCAACAGCCCUGCGGCCAGCGCCCAGAGCCUGGGGCAGGAGAAGAAGAAGAACACCAAGUACGCUGAACCUCAGGCGCUCUUCUUCUUCUGUGACACGGUGUCUCCCUUCAUCAUGUUGUUCUACAGCUUUGGAUACGGCACGUCCUUCUCCCUGGGUGCUGUGUGGGUCUCCAUCAUCUCUGCUGCUCAACUCCUCUCUAGCUACUACGCUCACCUGCGGCAAGAUGGCUACCUGGUCACCAAGGCCGGCCUGCAUGCCACCUACUGGCUUACCAAGGCGUGGGAGGAGUUUGUGUUGUCGGCUGUGAUCGUGUCGGAGCCGGAGAGAGAGGUGGCUACUGGGAGACAGGCGAUGGUUGGUGAUUGGUUCUUCGUGGCGGUGGCGCUCCUCCUCCUAGUUGUCAGUCUGAGUAAUGACACCCUGGAGGUUACCCAUAAUGCUCUGUUCCUGCUGCUGUCCGUAUCCACGGUCCCCCAGAUCCCCCUCCAUGGGUACUAUGUGUUCUUCGGGGUGUCCUGUUCCCUGUUCACCUCCGUUUCGCUCUACGGGACAUUUUGCCGCCUGAUCAACUCCAUCGCUGAGAAGAGUCUGAUCCCGGUGGGUCCUCAGCCCAUCUCCUCCGACCGUCUACACUCCUUCCUGUCCUGCUUUCGCUCCCCGUGGAAACUCCAGGGGGCGCUGCCUUCAUCAUCAUCAGCAUCCUCCCCGACCAAUCAGAUCCCUGACGCUCUGUUCUACCUGACCAAUGGCGUGGCCGCUCUCUCGGCGCUCCACGCGGCCUCAUCCAGUCAGAGCGUGUCCUUCCUGCGACUGAGUGUUCCCUGGGUUCUGGUAUCUGGAGCGGUGGUACAGGGGUUCGUCAGCAGGCUGCAGGUCAGAGGAGGACAGAGGUUUGGCUCCGUCAUCCCAUCCUUCUACCUGUCUGUCUGGGCCACCUGGACAUGGUAUCGCUUCGCAGGCCCCUUGCUGCAGAUCUCUCCAGUAGGAUCCUAUGGGUUUACAGCUGGAGCCAUCGCUUUCCUGGUCAUCAACGCUUUCCUCAUGCUCAUCGCUGCAUAUGGUAACCUGGUCCUCUUGUCUCUGACUGUGGUCAUGGAGAUUGUUCUGGUGUGUUUCCUCCUGUCCACUCUGCAACAGCUCCCCUACCAGCUGGAGAUUGCCAUGCUAGCUGUGUUCUCUGUCAUCUGUCUAUAUGGAACACUGGCAUCACUGGUCAACUGUACCUUCCGUCAGAGUGUGAUGCCCAUGGGGCCUCCACUGGUUAAGGAUGUGAAUCAGCAGCAGAAGUCCUCCGCUGCUCUGCCUUGUCCCGUGGCAGACUCCAGACUGACCAGCGGUCUUCUGAAGAUCUCCAGACUGCUGGACGACGGGGGGGUCUGUGGAAUCCCCACCGAUACGGUCUACGCCCUGGCCGCAUCCUGCAAGAACCCUCAGGCCAUCGAGAACAUCUACAACAUUAAGGACCGUCCAGCAGAGAAGCCCAUCUGUAUCUGUAUCUCUAGUGUGGAGCAGCUGGUGGCAGCCAAGCCCCCAUUCAGCUCUCUACUCUGGGAAUUCAUGAGGAACGUCUACCCUGGAGGGAUCAGCUGCAUCGUCAGCAAGGGAGACUGGCUACUCAGACUGGGUGUGGGUCCGGCCUACGACCGCGUGGGGACCAAUGAUAGCAUCAUGAUCCGAGUCCCUGACCACACCGUCACAGGACACCUGUGUGACAUCACUGGACCACUUGCCAUCACCUCAGCCAAUCCCAGUGGAGAACCCGACAGCACGCACCACGACAUGGUCAUCAGUCGGCUGGGCCAUAAGAUCCAGGGGGUUCUGUGUGACGGGGAUUCCAACGAGAUCGUAGCCUCAACAGUGGUGAACUGCCUCAAGAUAGAUGAAGGCACGAUUAGUAUCGUGAGGGAAGGCUGCGUCCCGGCUGUGAAGGUCCGACAGAUCUUUGAGAGGGUGAAGACCAGUAUGUUGUGAGGAGGACCCUUCCCUCUGUCCCUCUAUCCUCUCUUCCAUCCAGCUCCCCUCCCCAUUCUCUCCCUCCAUCCUCUGUUGACCAAUGACGACACUCAGAUCAGAUACUGGACCCACCCACCUCAGGCCACCAUCCAAUGUGUCUCUCAAACAUGUUGAGGAACAGUUGUUACAUAUUUAUUCUGUAUGUUGUCGAUGUAAUCAUAUAUAAAUAUGUGCAUUUUAGAUUCGAUUUUAGGAUUAUAAGUAUGUUUUGUUUUGUUCUGUAUGAUUUGAUUAUGUAAAAUGAAGUGGUAACAGAAAUUAUACUCCAAUGAUGUAGUACUCUAAAUGAGGGAUUAAUGAAGGAUGAUGUAGUGCUCUAAAUGAGGGAUUAAUGAAGGAUGAUGUAGUACUCUAAAUGAGGGAUUAAUGAAGGAUGAUGUAGUUCUCUAAAUUAGGGAUUAAUGAAGGAUGAUGUAGUACUCUAAAUGAGGGAUUAAUGAAGGAUGAUGUAGUACUCUAAAUGAGGGAUUAAUGAAGGAUGAUGUAGUUCUCUAAAUUAGGGAUUAAUGAAGGAUGAUGUAGUACUCUAAAUGAGGGAUUAAUGAAGGAUGAUGUAGUACUCUAAAUGAGGGAUUAAUGAAGGAUGAUGUAGUUCUCUAAAUGAGGGAUUAAUGAAGGAUGAUGUAGUUCUCUAAAUGAGGGAUUAAUGAAGGAUGAUGUAGUACUCUAAAUGAGGGAUUAAUGAAGGAUGAUGUAGUGCUCUAAAUGAGGGAUUAAUGAAGGAUGAUGUAGUGCUCUAAAUGAGGGAUUAAUGAAGGAUGAUGUAGUUCUCUAAAUGAGGGAUUAAUGAAGGAUGAUGUAGUGCUCUAAAUGAGGGAUUAAUGAAGGAUGAUGUAGUGCUCUAAAUGAGGGAUUAAUGAAGGAUGAUGUAGUGCUCUAAAUGAGGGAUUAAUGAAGGAUGAUGUAGUGCUCCAAAUGAGGGAUUAAUGAAGGAUGAUGUAGUUCUCUAAAUGAGGGAUUAAUGAAGGAUGAUGUAGUGCUCUAAAUGAGGGAUUAAUGAAGGAUGAUGUAGUGCUCUAAAUGAGGGAUUAAUGAAGGAUGAUGUAUGUGAAUGUACAAUGCUGGUAUAAAUUAAUAAUACAUUAUUGUGAAGUUUAACUGGGAUAUAUAUGUGGUAUAUGUGUAUAUAUAUGGUUUAAUAUGGGAGAUUGACGCAGGCCAAAUGCAUACAUGCAAAAUUGAAAAGCAUUAUUUGCUUUGGCAAUUUACUGCAAUAGAUCCAUGUACAUAGUGAAGUUAUACUUUUAAAAAAACAGUUGUAGAUCCAUGUAUAUAGUAAAGUUAUACUUUCAGAAUAAAACUCUAAAAAUUAAA